GCGGCGCUGGCGCAAGGCUUUGGCUGCGUCUCUCUCGCGUGUGCGUCCUCCCCCGGGUGGGGGGACAGCGGGGGACAGCCAGCCAAACCCGAGGAUCGACUGUUGUGGGCCGCCAGGGGGGCGGGGGAUGCCGGGCUGCCGCAUCAGCGCCUGCGGCCCGGGGGCCCAGGAAGGGACGGCGGAACCCGGGUCUCCACCGCCGCCGCCCCGGGAGCCCUUGUCGUCCCCUCAGCCCCCACCUUCAACUCCGACCUUGACCCCGACCCCGGCUCAAGCUUCACCGCUGCCCGAGGCGGUCCCGGAGUCGGCGGGCUCAGCGGAGGGGCAGGAGCUACAGCGUUGGCGUCAGGGCGCUAGCGGGGGCUCUGGGGGUACUGGGCCGGCAGGGGGCGCGGGCGACGGCCCCAGCAAGGUGGCUGCCGCGGCUGCUGGGUCUGGGGGCCGUGCGCUGGAGCUGGCCGAAGCUCGGCGGCGGCUCCUGGAGGUGGAGGGCCGCCGGCGCCUGGUGUCAGAGCUGGAGAGCCGCGUGCUGCAGCUGCACCGCGUCUUCCUGGCCGCCGAGCUACGCCUGGCGCAUCGCGCCGAAAGCCUGGGUCGCUUGAGCGGCGGCGUGGCGCAGGCCGAGCUCUACCUGGCAGCGCACGGGUCGCGGCUCAAGAAGGGCUCGCGCCGCGGCCGCCGCGGCCGCCCGCCCGCGCUGCUCGCCUCCGCGCUGGGUCUGGGCGGCUGUGUGCCCUGGGGCGCCGGGCGCCUGCGACGGGGCCACGGCCCCGAGCCUGACUCGCCCUUCCGCCGAAGCCCACCCCGCGGCCCUGCCUCCCCCCAGCGCUAACCUCCGCGCGGGGACCCCUGGCCACCCCGACAGGCAGUCGCCGACUGAAGGAUUACGGACGCCGGCUGGACCGACGGCGCCACCCACGCGGACGGACAGACUGGCCGACCACUGGAAGAGAGUUGGGGGGCCGGGGGCCCAGUAAAAGAGGCUGAACUGAGGCCCUCCAGUCUCCUGCCCCACUCAGCUGGGAAUGGCCUGGCUGCUGCUCUGCUGCUCACCGGCUGCAUCGACUGCAGCCUCACUUGUCAGUCUGUGAAGUUGCACAGAAGAGGGACAUUUGGUCCAGAGAAGCUUUUAGCUAAUGGUGUAAAGUGCUCUGUGCCAUCACAAUUUUGCCUUCUCGGGGAUUUAUUGCUCCUCCCAGCUCCUCAGUGCCCCGACUCUGGAUCUGACUCCUGGAUUCUGCUCCUUUCCUGGGCACCUCCUUCAGGAAGUCGUCUCAAAUCCACCCUGCUCAAGCCCGGCGCCCUCCUCCCAUCACAGGAGCCCUUCACUUUAGAGUGGUGAGGGGCGGGAUUGUGGGGAAGGUGCCUGUACUCUGAAUGUCCUUAUGUGUGCCACAUCUGACUUGGGCUUACGCUGUACAAUUGGAAAUGUUACGACAAGUCCUUGAGAUGCAAUCAGAUUAUUUAAGAGUGCAGCACACCUUUCCAGUGUGAAAGUGAAAAGGAUUUCUUUUUAAGAAUAGAGUCAUUCUCAAACAAGCCACAGCAUAGCUGGGGCCCGCAGUGUGGUAGGUGUUGUUGCUUCUCAGUGUAACAGCGCCAGGAGGCCCAUUUGAGGGAAAACACUGCUCUGAGCAAUUCCUCAGUUGCCCUGGUCCACCGUCCUUGCCCUGCCAUGUGGGCACCUGCCGGUGGCCCCUCAGAAAGAGGAUCGGCUCCCGGGGGACACACCUCUUUCUCAGGAAGGAGUGUUGGCCACAUAACAAGUCUAGGUUUUAAAUGAAAAAAGGGAGCACAUUGAUUCAAAUCUCCUGAUGGGAGAGGGAAGGGGUCCCUCGACUCACACGCAGCCCAGAACUUGUAGAAUUCCGCAAAAUGAACAUGUAUUGAGUCAGUUCCCUGAUUUAUACAUUCAGGAAGAAUAAAUCUUAGCAAUGUGAGACAGA